CUCCCUCCGCCGCGGCCGGGAAGCGAAAGCGAAAGGAGGCCCCGGCAGGGCUCCGGAGAUUUGCGAGGAACCGGGGGUCGCGUCCCCAGCCCGGCCCCGGCCGUGUCCGUCCAGAGGUGAGCGGAAACUGUACAGAAGUUUCUGAAUUCUGGUUGCUCGAUCCAAAGCAGAAAGUGAUUCCGGGAUUCAUAACCUAAGUUUCAAGCCUCUGGGUGUAGCAGGUUCGGCGGUGUCGGGUCAGAAUUAAGGUUUCCAUGGAUGUUACAAGCCCCCCAUCAUCUCUAAAAGACAAUGGUUUUAGUAUGGUAUCUGCUGAUCCACUUGGGACAUCCAGGGAAGAGAUGGAAAAAUUGAAGGAAGAGCUGAGGAUGUGGAAGGAAAGAGUUAAAGAGGCUCAAAAUGUAAAAUGUGACCUUCUUGUCUCCGGAUUAGUUGCUAAUAAAGAAUAUUAUGAAGCAGAGAAGAAGCUGACAGAGCUGAAGGAGCAAGAGAAACAGCAUAAGGACAGAAUUACAGACUUUCAGAAGGAACUCAACCUGCUAAACCAGGAAAACAUUGAGCUGAAGAAAGAGAUUGAAAAGCUCAAAGAAGACAUGGAAGAAUUCAAGUCCCAGAAGAAUCCGUUAGAGAUUAAAAAGAAUGUGGCAGAAAUGAAAUUGAAGUUCAUUCACCUGGAAGAGAUGAAGGUUGAUGGGGCAGAUGUGGAUAUGGACACCCACUGUGUUUUUGGGGCAGCCACAAAAGUCCCCUUCCAACUCAAUCAGAACCAGGCACUGCUGACUUUUGAAGAUGAAGAAGUUGCCCAGAGGCUGACAGAGAUGAGCAAACACUGUGUGAACCUGGACAACACAACAGCAAAUGUGACAGUGGAGUCUUUUCAACUUGACAUGGGAUUCCAUUUUGAGCUCCAUGUCACUAUCUCUGGAAAGAAGAUCAACGUUUCAGAAAUCCCUGAGCUUCCCAUUCCUGAAGAUUGGAUGAGAGACAAACUGGAGCUGCAUUUCUACAAAACUAAGCAGGCAGAAGGAGGAGGAGAAAUAGAAAAUGUGACCUACAACAAGGAGUCUGGGACAGCUGUCAUCACAUUCCUCAAACCUGGAGUGAGCUACAACUUUGUGGGACAUACGAAAUACCCUUUCUGUACAGAGGGCAGGUGGUUCAUCCUUGCUGUCUCCCCAGAUUUUGAUUUUCACUUGAAGAAGUUUCAGGCAUACUGCAGGGUUUCCAAGAAGACCAUUCUGCUGAAAGAAAUCCCAGAGGUGGAAGAGAAUGAAGAAAGUGUGCAGGACAUGAUAGAAAUUCACUUCCAAAAGCCAACCAACAGUGGGGGCGAGAUAGAGAAAAUCAAAUUCACCUCCAGAGGAGAAGCCUAUGUUUGUUUUGAGGAGGAUACUGGGAAUGCCACCUCAGAAAUCAAAGGGGACUCGUGAAGUUCUGAGGUUUUGUUCCUCAGAGGCACAGGAAUUUGUGUAGAUACUGUGCUUUCAUGUUCUGAAAUUGCUACUGUGAAAGAGCAAUCCCUGCCUUUCUGAUCUGUCUCGUGGCACUGUCUUUGCAUAGGAAGUCAGCAAAACUCCCUGCCUGUGCUGCAGAUUAAAGGCACAGAGCAAGCCUUCAGCAGCCCCUGAAACACAAUCUCAGAUUUUCUGAAACUUUGCAUAUUUUAUACCUUGCAGAUUUUAAAAUACUCCACAGUGGGAUGAGUGGAUUAUUCCUUGCAUUCUGGAUACAAAAGCCAUAUUUAAUCCCAAUCUAAGCCUCUUCACAGUCCCGCUUUUUUGACGUGCCAGAGCUUCAGAAGGUAGCUCUGACACAGCUCCAGUCCUGCUGAGGUUGCUGAGCACCACCAGGACUCAAAUAUCUGAAAGAAUUCUGUCAUUUCAUAAAAGCCACCUUAUCAAAUUAGUGAUAGAAUUAAAAUAGGAAACGGGGGGUGCAAAACCAAGAAAUUGCACUUAAGAAAUGCUCUGGCAUUUGCUGCCUUGAGCUGUUUGGCUUCUGCCUAUUCAUAGACUGCUUUAUUGUUUGAUUUUAAUAUUUGUUUCUGCAAUUAAAUUUCUUCCUCU